UCUGCUCCUUUUCCGAAAUUUUCCGUGUGGGAAAGGCACAGGAACAGAACAGGGUGGAAUGAACCAUUUCCUUCAACCUACCCACCGUUCACCGGAAUUCUAAUCGGACGGGGAAUCGUCGGUAUCUUGCGACCUGAAACUUCCUGCAAAUAAUCAGAAUCCAAUUGUUUCCGCUUGUGGCCUGUAUUCCCAGUUUCGCAAGGUCUAAACUCUUCAAGGCUGUUUUUAACCCCGAUCAUGUUGUUUUUUCUUCCGAUCUCUUGUACGAUUAAGGAUUACCUUUCCUAGUGUGCGAGAAAGAUUCUAAGGUCCUUCUUUUCUCGCCAUCCUUCCUUCUUUUUGCUUUCGGAUCUCGCUAGCUUCGCAAACAUCAUGAGUACAGCUAUUCUGUUUUGAUCCGUGUUGAAAUGAUUACAGGAUGCAUAAUGGCUCCAGUUUUGGAUGAAACUGAUGGAAUAUCUCCAGUUCCACCAGGUUUUGUUUCUCUCAAGUCAUUCACCUUGCACAGAGCUCGGGAUGGUUCUUUGGCCUCUACACCUUUCAAUGAUCCCAGAAAGGCUACCAUGGAUGAUGAGAGCAGCGCAACUGGUGUUGUGAACUUAAGAAAGUCGCUUAGGCAUAGGCCUUGGGUAAACUACUGUCAAUUAGAUAACAGCUCUGAUGAAGAGUCAGACUCUGAAUUAUCUGACCAAGAUGCCUUUUCUCUGCCUAAAGGUGUUAUUCGUGGUUGCAUUGAAUGUGGAAACUGCCAGAAGGUCCUAGCCAGAUGGCGUCCUGAAGAAUCAUGCAGGCCCGUACUUGAUGAAGCCCCUGUGUUCUAUCCAAGCGAAGAGGAGUUCAAAGACACUCUAAAAUAUAUUGCCAGUAUACGCCCUACAGCAGAAUCGUACGGAAUCUGUCGCAUUGUUCCUCCCCCUUCUUGGAAGCCUUCUUGUCCUCUUAAAGAAAAACAAUUAUGGGAAGGGUCCAGUUUUACCACUCGUAUCCAGAGAGUGGACACGCUUCAAAACCGGGAAACAGUGAAAAAGUUGUCAAGAAAUCAUAGCAUGAUGAUGAGGAAAAGGAGAAGGCUGGUGAAAAUGAAGGCAGAUUUCGGGGAAAACAACAUAGAUAUUUCAGAAAUCAAUGAAAAAGGAUCAUAUUCUCAAAGAUUUGGAUUUGCACCAGGUCCAGAUUUUACUCUAGAGUCAUUUCAGAAAUAUGCGGAUCAUUUUAAGGAGCAAUAUUUUUGCAAUAGUUUGAAUGCUAACUUAAGGUCUGAACAAUUGGAACCAUCUAUUGAGAAUAUUGAAGGCGAAUAUUGGCGAAUUGUUGAGCACCCAACUGAGGAGAUUGAGGUUCUCUAUGGUGCUGAUUUGGAAACUGGUAUGUUUGGUAGCGGUUUCCCUAAAGCAGCUUCCGGUCCGCUUGAUUCUGAUUCAGCUGAUUGCUUUGCCAAAUCUAGCUGGAAUUUGAACAAUGUAUCUAGGCUUCCUGGUUCAGUGCUUGCAUUUGAAAGUGGAGACAUAUCUGGUGUUCUUGUGCCAUGGCUGUAUGUUGGCAUGUGUUUUUCUUCAUUUUGUUGGCACGUUGAAGAUCAUCACCUUUACUCUCUGAACUAUUUACACUGGGGUGCUCCAAAAAUCUGGUAUGGAGUUCCAGGAAGAGAAGCUUUGAAUUUGGAGGCUGCUAUGAAGAAACAUCUUGCAGAUCUUUUUGAAGAACAGCCAAAUUUGCUCCAUUACCUUGAUACCCAAUUUUCACCUUCCAUUUUAAAGUUAGAGUCAGUACCAGUUUACCGUUGCAUACAACAUCCAGGAGAAUUUGUUCUUACCUUUCCCCGAGCAUAUCAUUCAGGUUUCAAUUGUGGAUUCAACUGUGCAGAGGCUGUUAAUAUAGCUCCUGUUGACUGGCUACCUCAUGGACAAAAUGCUGUGGAACUGUACUGUGAACAAAUGCGCAAGAUAACCAUAUCCCAUGACAAGCUUUUGUUGGGAGCGGCGAGAGAAGCUGUCAGGGCAUUGUGGAAUGUCUUAUUUCUUAAGAAGGACACACCUGAAAAUCGCGUAUGGAAAGACACAUCUGGACUUGUUGGAGUCCUAGCAAAGUCGCUGAAGGCUAGAGUUGAAUUGGAGAGGAUUAGAAGGGAACAUCUUUCUUCCUCUCAGAUUAGAAAAAUGGACUCGGCAUUUGACUCUGAAAGCGAACGAGAAUGUGUACUGUGUCAUUAUGAUUUACACCUUUCGGCUGCUGGUUGCUCAUGUUCACCUGAUAAAUUCUCAUGUUUAGUUCACGCAAAGCAUCUCUGCUCGUGUGAUUGGAAAACAAGAUUUUUCCUAUUUCGCUAUGAGAUAAGUGAGCUGAACACUCUUAGUGAUGCUGUAGGAGGAAAACUGAGUGCUGUUCAUAAGUGGGGAUUGCAGGAUCUUAAGCUGAGUUUGAGUUCUUAUGUCAACAAAGAGAAACCAUUUCAAUCCAGGUUCUCUGAUCAAGAUUGCUCAGAAGCUAAAGGAAAUGAUAAAGUGAGCAUGAGUCUUGAUUUUUCAGUAAGUUCUAAGAAUGCAAGUUCAGCGCAAGAUGGAAAGCAAUCUGUAUUGCAACAUUCCUCAACGGUAACUAAUGCCAACACUAAAAUGCUGGCAGUUGAUUCUAGUUUAGCUAUUGCUAAUACCACACAGUGCCAACAUAUAAAGUCAACAGUCCCAUCUGUUGCCAAGGAGCCAGGUCUGCAAGAUAAUUCUUUAUUGAAAAUUAAACUUGCUCGGAACCAACAGACCAAUGAAGUAUGCAUCAGUUCUCACGAUAAAAGUUCUGAAGAAUGUGUAGUGAACACCAAAACCGUGCAAAGUAAUGCAAAUGUGAGAAACUAUAUGAGUUGCUCUCUCUUGGAACCUAACGUUAAGCAGCAAUGUCCCACAAAUUUAAGUGUUUCCAGUGUCAGCAAUAACUUACCAGCCAGUAAGAAUGAUCCAUUACCAUAUAAUGUUGGCAACAGAAGGGAUCAAAUAAUUCCUCCAAAGUCAGGAAAGGACAAACCAAGUAACGGAGACAGUCCUGGGGGUGUUGUGAAUAUUGAUGGCAAGGAAACAAUCUGUAAUUUUUCAAACAAACAGCUUUUGGCAAUGCCCAGGAUAUGUCCAACAAUUGUUGAUAAACAAAGAGAUAAUAAGCAGGAUGUAUUGAAAAACAUUGUCCAUUCUCCUCUCCCUUCUACCUUAGAACCCAAAGAACAAGGAAAAGGGGAAAUCACUGGAAACUGUUCCUCUAAUUCUCCAUCUCACUCUCCUGUAGUUUCGAUUGCUGAGGGAGCCUCUGAUCAUAAAACAUGUGUAAAUGCAUCUAUUGCAGGGCAUGUACUGGACCAUCUGAAAACCAAAGAACUUGGUGAAUGUGGCACUAAAAGUGCUAGGAGUGACCAGAAGCAGCAGUCCUCUGGAAGUUUGACUGGAAGUUCAAACUCAGAUGAGUUUAACAAAGCUGGAAAGGUUAAUGAUUCUGAUUCUCUUAAUAGCAUGAGGGAUAAUGGGGAAUUGAUUGAAACAUGUUCAUCAUUUCCAUUAAAUACUGUUCAUAGACAGAACCACACACAGAAUGGGCCUCGAAUGGCCAAGGUAGUGCGACGAAUAAACUGCAAUGUUGAGCUCUUGGAAUACGGUGUUGUUCUUUCAGGAAGGUUAUGGUCUACAAGUCAGGCUAUUUUUCCCAAAGGAUACAGGAGUCGAGUUCGAUACUGGAGCAUACUAGAUCCUACACAGAUGUGCUAUUAUGUUUCAGAGAUUUUGGACGCUGAACUGCUUGGGCCUUUAUUUAUGAUUAAGCUGGAGCAAAGACCAAGUGAAAUAUUUAUACAUGUAAGCGCUACUAAGUGUUGGAAUAUGGUUAGAGAGAGGGUGAACAAUGAAAUUAGAAGGCUGCACAACCUUGGGAGAGUUAAUCUUCCUUCUCUUCAGCCUCUAGGAUCAGUUGAUGGCCUUGAGAUGUUUGGCUUAACUUUUCCAACAAUUAUGCAGGCACUUGAAGCAAUUGAUAAGAACCGAGUCUGCUCAGAGUAUUGGAGAGCCCGGCCUCAGAGAGCAAUUUCUACCACUGCGGAGUGUAAAGGUCCUCCCCAGCCUGUUCUUGCAGGAGCUGACGCCAAACUCAAAUCCCUAUUUAAGAAAGCCAGUUCAGAGGAGCUGCUUGCAUUGCAUUUGACAUUGUGCGGCGAUCAACCUGGCACCAAGCACGAAUUGCUUCAGCUCAUCAAGGAAGAGAAUCACAGCCGCAUGGGCUUCCAUCUUUAAGAUCUUCUCUCUCGCAGCACAGGUUAGCCACAUUUGUUCAAUUUUUGUUAUUUUUAUUAUUGUUCAUAGGAUAUAUCAUCUCUCGGAAGCAGGUUAAGUUGUAUUUAUAGCACAUGCAACUGAUCCUUUUUUCAUAUGAAAUGAGAUUCAAAAUGUCCAAAUGCA